AUGUUACUUAAUAAAUCUACUAAGGAAAUUUUCAGAGAUUGCUUAAAGUGCAUUCCUAGCAUGGUUAAAGAUCAACAUAAAAUAUAUGCAGUGAGAUAAGUUUUAAGAAAGGAAUUCGAAAAAAACAAAGAUGAAACAGAUGCUCAGAAGAUAGAAGCUUUAAGAAAUAAUGCUAUUAGAGGAAUCAGCAAUUACAUGAUCUAUCUUAUUAAAACCGAAUACUUAAAAGACCCUCAUAAGAAAGAAUACCAAAGUAUAUUUGAAGAUCCAGAUGAAAAAAGUAAUACUCAAACUAUAAAGCCAAUAACAUAAAAAGAAAAUGAAUGA